AUGAAUAUUGUAAUACUAUUGUUAAUACUAACAUUUAGCAUAAAACAUAGCAAUACAUAUAAAUUAAAAAAUACGUAUAUACCCAUAAAUUAUAUGUAUCAUAAUAAUAAAAAUAUAUUAAGAAGCCAAAAGAGUAAAUUAUUUUUGAAUUUCCUAAGUAAUAAUCAGCUAGCUAAUUCUAAUAAACAAACAUGUUUUUUUAAGAGCAAUAUAAAAAGUAGUAUAUCAAAUAUCGAUAAUUAUGAUUAUAUAAGAAAACGUUAUAUCAAUACAUCUAAUAAAAAUAAAUUAUUUUAUAAUAUAACAUUAAGAACAAAUGAUGGAGAAAAAAAAAUCGAAUGUAAUGAAGAUGAAUAUAUAUUAGAUGCUAGUGAAAGACAGAAUGUUGAAUUACCAUAUAGUUGUAGGGGAGGUAGUUGUUCUACAUGCGCAGCAAAAUUAGUCGAAGGAGAAGUAGAUAAUGAUGAUCAAAGUUAUUUAGAUGAAGAGCAAAUAAAGAAAAAAUAUAUUCUUUUGUGUACAUGUUAUCCUAAAUCGGAUUGUGUGAUUGAAACGCACAAGGAAGACGAACUACACGACAUGUAA